GGACAAACCAGGAUUGGUUAUAGUCUGGUACUAAACAUGAAGUACAGGGCAAAAAUUACAGUGCUUGAGGAGAAACAUUUCACAAGACAUAACCAGUAUGUGAAAAAAAAAUACAAUAGAUAUUACAGAUUAACAAAAGAUGACAAGAUUAAAAGAGCAUUCAACAUUAACAGAGCACACAAGAUUAACGGAGCAUACUCUGCAAGACGUCUUCGAAUAAUAACAUCAGAAGAAAAAAAACAGUUGGUCAAUGUAGAAGUGCAAAUUAAGCCAAUAGAGGUGUUUAAACAUGGGGUUAAAAAGUCCCUCAAAGGUAAAAGCGAAUGGUCCCUGGGUGAGUGAAUGUUGUCUGGGUGGUGGGAUUUCUGAGGUACUAGAUGAGAUUAUUUAGGAGCAGCAUGACUGCAGGAAAGAAGUUAUGGAGGUGUUUGCUAAGUCCAGAUUGUGAUGCACUUGUAUCUCCUCAAUGGUAGAAGUUUGGUGAAGAGAAGACUGCCUGAGUGGAAUCAGCAGCAAUCUUCCCAGCUCUACUUUUUGCCCUGGCAGUGAGAAGGUCUUCUAGUGUUGGCAGCCAACAGCCUGUGAUUGUCUCAGAUGAGUGGACCACAUGUUGUGACCAGGUCUUGGAGAGGGCGGAGGCAGCAGACAGAUAAUGGGGAAUUCAUAUGCAGGGCAGCUGAAGUCCAUGCCCUUCGAAGAGGCUCUGCACAACUCCAUCGAGGCCUCCCUGCGCUCCAGCAGUGACUCCCCUCAGCCUGUGUUCUCACAGCUCUACCUGCACCAGGAGCCCUACCCCGGACAAGACAGGGAGGUCCACUUCCUGUACGGCGAGAGGAUGGGCCCGGAACUGGCUAACAGCCAGGCCUCCAACAGUACGGAAAAUGAGGAGGACCUGAAGGAGGAGGAGGCGUCUGGCACCAGCAGCCCCCCAGUAGCAUCCCACCAGAGGCCUGGACCGAGUGGCACCUGCCUUACCGAUGGGUUUUGUCAAGCUGGGAAAGACUUGCGGCUGGUCUCCAUGGAGACAGAGCACACUGAGGUUCCUCUUGGGUUCGAGCUGGUUGGUGCUAAGACACCCGGCUUUCCCGAUCACCUGCUAGUCUGUGCAGUCGACAAGCGCUUCCUGCCGGACGACAACGGAAAAAAUGCACUUUUAGGAUUUUCCGGGCGCUGCGUUGGCUGUGGAGAAAAGGGUUUCCGCUAUUUCACUGAGUUUUCGAACCACAUCAACCUGAAGCUGGUCACCCAGCCCAAAAAGCAGAAGCACUUGAAGUACUACCUGGUGAAGAAUUCCCAGGGGGGGCUUUGCAAGGGCCCCCCCAUCUGCUGGAAAGACUGUAAAAUGAGGCAGUCUCCAUCAUUGAAGCCCAGCUUGUGUGCGUCCCUGUCCAACAAGGAGAUGGGAACCAGCAACAGUCAUGGAUCUUCACUGUUUUCUCAUUCAGAUUCCCCUCUAAGCCGCUCCUCUUCCAGCACCUCUGCCAGCAUUUUGGGGUGUCAGGAAUCAGCCAGAGGGAGCAGGAAGACCAAGGCCCAGGCACUGACCCCUCCCCAGGGGAUCAAGACCUUACCAACAGAUUCAACUCCUUCACCCAUGACCUCUGGCCCCCCGAAGAAACGCCAUCGCAGCUGGUGCUCUGACUCCCCCUAUGGUCACCCCACUGCUGCCCCUGCCCCCGCUAUUCAGCCAUCAAGCCAGGCCUCAGAUGCUUCAUCUGCAAACCUCACACUGCAGAGCCACUUUCCACGAGUCCUGAAGCCCCAGCCCAUUCCUUUGGAGGAGACGGUUAUCGUCCCUGAUAACUUGCUGAACAACAUAGGAGUCCGACCUGUUAUCCUUACAGGUCAUGGCUCUUUACCUUACUUCUGCGGCAAUGUAGAGGACAUAGUAGUGUGCCCCCUGCUGCUCGGCAUCUGUAAGGGCAGCCGACUGGGCGGGGAGACACUGGGCACCCCAAGCAGACCACCGCUCAGCGUGGAAGCCAUGAUCUUGCUCACCCUGCAGUACCUCGUAAAGCUAAAUCCUGACCAAAUCCCUCUCCGUGAGGAGUUUGAGCAGAUUUCUCUGAAGGCCAUGCUUAACAGACACUCGGGGGACGAUGGCCCAGAUGUUAUUACGUCCACCCAGCUCUCGUGGUUGGCCUGCCUGGCCGCCAGCGUCUCUCGAGACUCCGUUCAGAUCCUGGUCACCCACAAUUCUCUUGGGGAAGGCAUAUCCGAAUCCCUGCACUCUGUGUGUCAGGGCUCCCGUGACCAGCGACUUCCUGACUACGUGAUGAUCAUCUGUUCCUCCAGAAUCCGUGGAAAUGAAUUCUGUGUCUUGGUCCUGGGUAAACACCAAUCCAGAGCCCUGGCAGAACGCAUGCUGUCCACAAAUGAGUUUCUGAAACAGAUCAGUUACGAGCUGAUCACCGGGAGAAUCGAUAUUCUGGCCUCGCAUUUCCAAACAGCCUCUUUAGAGGGCCAGCUGGACAGGCAGCUUGCAGCAUUUCAUAGGAGAUGGGGGGACCAGGUCACCCAGCCAUUCCAAGGGGAUAUUCAGGAUGGAGUUCAUUCCCCUCAGGCGGCUGCAGUGAUGCCCGCCCCCCAUCCAGGCCUGGUGAGUAAGGCAUUCCGGAUGUACCCCACCCAGCUGGAUGUUGCCCGUCGCCUGCUCUCACAGGUCUGCUCCAUCGCUGAUUCCGGAAGCCAGAGCCUGGACCUGGGCCGCUUCUCUCAGGUGGACUUCCUCGCUCUGCUCCCUCCAUCCAAAGUGCUGGCGCACCAAACUGCACGCCGAAUCAGACAAUCAGGUGUCCUGCUUGAUCUUGGUAUAGAACAAUCCUUUUCUGACCAUCAGAUACUGGAUAAGUACAUUGUCCGUUUGGAUAAUGAUGCACAUGAAAAGAUUGAGUCCUUCAUGAGGAAGGUGAAAGAGAAUCCCUACAUACUUUUUGUUCUCAUCCAUGACGAUGCACAUGUGGACUUGACUAAUGUCCUUGCAGGGUCUGGGUGCCAACUGCAGGGCCUAACUGAUCAAAUCAUCAACUGUUCAGAGGUUCUGAGUUCAGUGAAUCUGCUAGUGCUGCAGGUCAGCUGUUUCCCUGACGCGCUGCAGCCCCAUGUCAUUCUGGACAAUGAGAUUUCCUGGUCCUCUGCAGACAUAGGUUCUCCUCAAGAAGAGGAAGUCUACUUUGGUCUGGACAGCUACAGGUGCUCUUUGGGAUGGGGCGUGGCCUGCCCCAUCCUGCGCUCUGAUGAGGCCUUUGAGAAGAUGGCCAGCAUCCUGCUGGAGAACCACCCGCGUCUGCACAGCAUGGUCGUCCGCAGCUACCUGCUGAUCCAGCAGUACGUCGACGCCAUGGUGUCACUGGUGGCUGUCGGCUCUCUGCGGGAUCGUGUGACACCGGAGACGCUGGGCAUCAUGGAUGACCUCAUCGACGCCCCGGGCCGCAGUGAGAGUGGGCACGGGCCCAUGGCGCUGAUCCGCGUGCCCUCUCCGCAGCUGGCCGUGCGAGCACGUGAGCGGCUGAAGGAGGCGCGAGACAAGCUGGGCCUGCAGUUUCGCUUCGAGGUGUUGCUGGGAGGCCCUGAAGCCGAGCUUUGUGUCGCGCCCCAUUUCCUGUCCCGUCUUAAAGCUUGGCGGGGCUGUGAGAAUGUGGACUGGGUCCCGCACACAUACGAGGACCUGCAAGGGCUACCCUGCAUCCUCAUCCACACCGGGAAAGACCCCCUGGGAGAGACAUUUCCAAGCUCCCUGAAGUACUGCGACCUGCGGCUAAUCGACUCAAGCCGCCUGACUCACACGGGGUUAGAGCGGGAGGUGGGCCUUGCCUGCUCCUACGUCUCCCCAGGAGUCACAGUGGGGCCACUCAAGGAGGUCAUGUUGGACAAUGACCUACAGAUGGAGCUAGAGAGGCCACCAAGCAACAGCAGCGCUGUGACAGGAAACUCCAGCUCCACCACCGACAAUGGCGUGAGCUCCUCUGGUCUCCCUGACUCCAUUGUUAAGGGAGGGGGAUCGCCCCAGAGGGAUAAGCAUGAGUGUGAUUCCCACUUGGCUGGGCAUAGCCUUGUCCCUCAGUCGUCCUGCUCCAGCACAUCCUCCUCUUCAUCUGCUCAGAGACCCAGCCAGUCGUCCCAGUCAAGCCACGCCUCCCUCACCUCACCGGGUCCAGUUCCCUGUACUCUCAUCCUGUCCUGCGCUGCCUACAACCUCCUCGCAGGGACAUCGGGGCUCCUGCCCCCUGCUGACGGGACCUGGAACAGUCCCACCCAUCUUCCCUUCCUCCAGAACCUCAAGGGGAACGAGCGGUCUGUAUGCUUCCAUGAGCGCGCUAAUCCCCCUCAGAACCAUAGCGAUUACAGCAGCCAAGUGGACCAGAAGACUCAGGAACGUGGCCACCCCCGGCGCCUGCUGCUAACUGGGCCUCCACAGGUGGGGAAAACAGGUGCCUACUUGCAGUUCCUCCGCAUUCUGUCCCACAUGCUGAUUCGCCGGCUGGAGGUGGAUGUCUAUGAUGAGCCAGAGCUAGAGUCAGAACUUCAAGACUCAGAAGUUGCACAGAACAUCUGUGAGAAGUGGCCAGAUGUAAACAUUAUCCAGAGUCUACCAUUUGACUUAUCUCCACGAGAUCCCAAGUUCCGUAUGGCCAGUCCUCUGUAUGCAAAAGUAGAGUCCAAGGGUACUCAACCAAGAAACCAUGACAGUACAAAGAAACGACAGAAAUUUGCCAUCAGUCCAGAUGUAUCUGCGAGGCGUGAGACUAUAUCGGUCAUGCUGACCAGUUUUGCAUCCCAGAAUGCCUUUCACCACUGUGAACAGUGUCACCAGUACAGUGAGUGCGGAGCCAUUGUUCCACAUCCAGAUGACACCCUACACAUCUUCACAUUCUGCUGCUCCAUGCUGGGUGAGGAGGUCCAGCUGCAGUUCAUCAUCCCCAAGGCAAAGGAAAAGCACUUCUUCUUCAGCCAGCAAGGCAAACACCUGCAAAGCAUGAGACUGCCUCUUAUGUCAGACAAGGACCCCAACAUGGUAAAGAGCCCGAUCUUCACCCCCACCACUGGGCGUCAUGAGCACGGCCUACUCAACAUCUACCACGCCAUGGAAGGCGCAGCCCACCUACACAUCCUGGUGGUAAAGGAUUGUGAGAUGUCUCUCUACAGGAAAUACUGGCCUAACCAAACCCUGCUGGUGUUGCCUGCUAUGUUCAACAGUGCUGGAGUGGGAGCGGCCCGUUUUAUGAUCAAGGAGCUAUCGUACCAUAACCUUGAGCUGGAGCGCAAUCGGAUGGAGGAGCAAGGAGUAAACAGGCAGGACGUCUGGCCCUUCGUAGUCAUGAUGGAUGAUUCCUGCGUGCUGUGGAACUCCCACCCCAUACAGGAUCUUAGCGGUAAUACAACAGAUGUGCCCCGUAGCUUCAAGAAUGUCUCGCUGAAAACCGUUCUACAGCACAUGGAGGCCACGCCCAACAUAGGCCUGUAUGCCUUGUGUGGCAUUCGCAAGUGGAGCAGUGGUCUGCUCCCCCCACCCACGCCCUUCUCUCGCUGCCACGUCCACGACUUCGUCAUGCUUAACGUGGACCUGACCCAGAAUGUCCAAUACGACCUGAACCGCUACAGCCACGAGGAAGUGGACUUCAACCUGCGCGCCAAUGGCAGCAGGCUGCUUAUCUGCCGUUUCAAUCACUUCAGCUUCAUGAAGAAACACAUUACCAGCGGGGGGCGCAAGGACAUUGUUAUCAAACCCAAGCUUCUGAUAUCAGAAGGCCCCAAUCCCGUCAGCCCCUUGCAGUAUGUGUGUGCCCCAGACAGCGAACACAUGCUGCUGGCCGCUCCAGCCCAGGUCCUACUGGAGACCUUCCUGCAGCAUAAUGGCAGCAAACUGUUCCCCAAAGCUGUGAGCAAUGGCACCAACCCUCUGCUGUCUGUCGACAGCUACCUUAACAUUGGCCCAGAGAUUGCAGUAUGCUACCUCAGCUCCAGGCCGCACUCAGUCAAUCUGGACCACAAGGGCCUUGUGUUCAGUGGACUCCUCCUCUACCUCUGUGACUCGUUUGUGGUGCCCAGUUUUCUCAAGAAGUUCAAAUUCCUCAAAGGUGCUACUCUGUGUGUGAUCUGCCGAGACCGCAGCUCCUUACGGCAGACCAUCGUGAGGCUGGAUCUAGAGGAUGAAUGGCAGUUUCGUCUGAGAGAUGAGUUCCAGACAGCCAACGCCAAUGAGGACCAACCUCUCUACUUCUUGACAGGUCACCACAUCUGACACAGGGAACAGUUUGAGGGCCCAUUCACACUUCUCAACUGCAAAUCAUAGUUACAUGCUGAGACAGAAGAGAGCUGAACAAUCUUCUCCCAAAAUAUCACCAAAGAGGCAGAUCGGUUCUCGCCUUUGAAGGUCCAAUGAGCUCACUGAGCCAUGUCUUAGCACAACGACCAUGUCCCACAAAUAGCCCAAACCCCUAGGAAUGUGUGUGUAUGAUCAAAAAAUGUCAUUUCUAUUCUUGAUUAAUCAUUUUUUAAUAUAUAAAAUAUUUAUACAGCUAGAUAUUUACUAAAGAACCAAGGUCCAUACCACACUCAGGACUAUAGCAGUACUGUUCCAUGAGGGAUUUAGAUCUCCCACCACCUGUCAUUUGGCUAUUUCCCUCAUGUACCCCAUAAGUUAUUUUAUGCUCCAGCCUGAUGAAAGUGCGGAAUGGACGCAGUAAGUCUGAAUGACCGGAACCGGUGAAGUGGGGCUGAAUUGAAUAAUUUUUUAUAGCUAUUCUUUUUUUAAUUAUUCAUGAUGGUUUGACAAUGGUAUAUUUAUCUAAAUCUGCAGGAGAUAACCACUGAUCUGCUUGUCUCAAUAUUCACUUAGUCUCAGGAAUAUAAUUAUGGAAACACUUCCAGUUUUUAGAGAUUGGAGAACUUUAUUCAGCUGUUGCCCCAGUUACUUAUGUAAUCUUCAAAUGUAUGAUUUUACAAAUAUCAUACUUUGGACAAUUAAAUAAGUAACUGGAACAACAAUUGAAUAAAGUUCUACAAUCUCUAAAAACUAGAAGUAGCCACAAUUUUGGCUACUAGUGUAAGGCUGAUUAAAGGGAAUGUAGCCAGUGAUGGGUGAGGCACCGGGCACCCCAUCCUGGGUUGUUCCCCACCUUGACCCCCCCCCCCCCCAACCCUGAAUAGGACAAGCAGGUACGAAAAAAUGGAUGGAUGGAUGGAUGGAUUAACAGGAACUAGAAGUAACAAACCAAGUAUGGCAACCCACAUGGCUGUUAUGCUUUACCCAUUCAGCACCAGCUGGCUCCAAUGAUUCUGUCAGUCAGACAGCCUCUUCCCAAUACAGCUUUAUGCUACUGUACUAGUGUAAGUCAAGGUGCUUCUUUAAAUAUGGACUCAAAGCAUCGCCUGAGUACUUUUUAAAUGCAAUAUUACUAUACAUGACUGAACUUUAUUGAUAUUGUACAAUGCUGUCACUGAACCCUGUAUUUGAUUUAAUUCCGGGUAAUAGCUUUGUGGAACAAUAUGCAUUUUAGGUGCAGUGGGCCUUUGAAUUCUUAAUAAGAGUCAGAUGGUGUGGAAUAAUUAGAGAGAAAUUUUUCAAAACUCAGUCCGUUUGUUGUUUUUGAGAUGAGACCACCAAUGACCUAAAGUCUGGCUUCCUCAUCAUAUGUACAUGUAAUGUCAUCUAAUGAAGAGCUUUUGUUAAAUUUUCAAAACUAAUUGAAAUACUUUUGAACUUUUUCCAUCUAAGUCUCCUGUGGACUGAGUCAGUUUCAGAACCUAACCUAAGUCUGUUAUUGUACUAAGUAAACUUGGUAUGGAUUAGUAUAAAGUUCUCAUAAAAAUGCAUUACUUGUUUAAAAUUGGCAUAAACGAUGGUAAAUUAGUAUAAACUAUUUUAAGGUUUAUUACAGGGAAUGUUCAUUGCACAAUCUUCCCAUGAAUGUUGUUUAAUAAGUACCAAAGAGUUUGCCAUUGUUGUCAUGGUUUAAACUUGUGCAAAUACAGGGUCAAAGACAAAAGUAUGUAAUAUACUAAAGAAACGUUACCAUUUAUAGGCUUUAUAUAAAGCUUUUUUUUUGCCAAUUAUUUCUGCGCUUUAAGCCAUCGUGCUACUUCCAACGUAGAGUACUGUGCAAAACUCACAGGUGGCUGAUGAGAAUGAUAUUUAAAGCUAUUUAUCUGAGCAGUAUGUGUGUAUUCACACUCAAAAAAAUGUUCAAAACUUUUUCUCCGAAAAGUUAUGAUAGCCUUUGGUUCCCAAAGCUCUCCUCAAGGGGACUUUCAUGAAUCUAUUAAAAUUCUCCACCAGCUCACUUAAUCAAUUUAGUUAACUAUCUCAAUGUUAUUGAUUAGCCAAGCAAGGUGUGCUAGUAGCUUAAUUAAAAACAAUCAUGGGUGUGAUGGAUGGUUAUUGAAAAUACUGGGAUGACUUUAGGAGAGGUUUUGACUGGCUAAACUGACACACUUUGACAGACUUAUCAUUAUACUUUUACAACAUGAAAGAAAUGUAAACAAUUUUAUUUAGUAGCCUAAGACUUUUGCUCAGUACUGUAAAAUGUACCUAACAUUUCACCAUUAAUGUAUUUCGCUGUCCCUUUUCUCAAAGCAAAUGCAUAUUUAAAAUGAGUAUGAAAUUACUUAAUGAGGAAGUGUUAUUUAUUGUAUUAGAUUUUGUAAUAAAUAUUAAUUUUGUAUGAUGCUCUGACUGUAUUAAGUAGGAUAUUCCUACAUUAGCUCUGCCCAUCAUAAAGCCUGGUAUAUGUAAUCUUCUAGGCUGUAGUAGAUGGAGUUAACAGGAAUGUUUGCACUAUACAAUCUUUUAAUCCAUCUAUUCCAGGAUUGCUAUAAUCACAUCAGCAGAUCUGUAAAGUUAUGAAUCUUGGAAUGUUUUUUUUAUAAGAGGGAGUAAUAAACAUUUAAGCACACACCCCCUGCAGUUUUUUGCUGUAACUAGCUUAUAACAGUAAUACAAUUAUUAGAUACCUGAAUUAUGUUCGUGAUGCAUUGUUUUGUAUAUGUGUAUAUAAAUGUGCUUCAAAUGGUGAUAAAACACAUUGUUACUUGUUACAAUAACAAUAAAGGCAUUCUAAUUCUGA